CGGUGCGUCGUGACUGCGUGCUUUGGUAGCUGUGUGACUGCGAUAAUAGCUAACAGCGCAGACGAUUGACUGCGGAACUAUUGACUCGACCAUAUGGACUCAAAGUCCAGAGGCCUGACACCGGAGGGGUUCCGAUCCCUCUAUAUGGCUUCCGUGGAGAAGGAGAAAGCAGUCGCCGAAGGGAACAUUGCUCUGCCUCCCUUCGACAAUGCCUCUGGUGACGCGGACGUUGUGCUGCGAUCGUCGGACGGCAUCGACUUCUACGUCCACAAGUCGACACUGCGCAUCGCUUCCACCUUUUUCGCGACUAUGCUAUCUCUCCCUCAGGCGGACCUUGCAGGCCCCGGGUUGCCGGUCAUCCCAGUGACUGAAGACAGUCGAGUCCUCAACCAUGUGCUACGCAUCCUUUAUCCCGUCCAUCACCCUGCGAUCACCAAAGCGGUGGACGCAAUACCGCUUCUGCACGCAGCGGAGAAAUACCAACUGCCGUCUGUCACCCUCGCGGUGGAGAAGUCGUUCGUGCUUCUAUGCCACAUGCAGAGCCAGGUUCUUGACGCAUACGCCGUUGCAAGUUCGUUCAAGCUAGACCGUGCAGAAGAGGUUGCCAGCUCUGCAUUCCUGGCUAGCUGUCCAACUCAAGCGGAGUACGGGGAAAACAUCGAUAUGCAUUGGCGGCAACUCCAUCGCAUCGAUGGAAUCACCCCGGCGAUGCUCACGAUGCCAGCGUCGUCGUACUACAACCUGCUUAAGGCCUACCAGAGAUUGACAACGGGGCGUAACGCGCGUACAGGCUAUUCCGAUCUCAUGUCUUGUAUGGCAUCCCAGCGCUGGAGUCCACCCCGCGACUCGGAACCGCGACUUGUAUGGCCAACUCGACGCAGCCGGCGUCAUGCAAGUCCUCUUGUGCGGGACCAGCUCUUCACGCUUGAGGGCAACAAGGAUUCUCUAGUCAAAGAAGUGGUCCAGGUACGAGCCUCGGAUGGCACCGACCUUUAUGCCAAUGUCCACUUCGUUCGCUUCGCAUCACCAGUCAUGGCCGAAAUGCUCUCUGCUGCUGUCCCGAGCGCUUUGGACGGUGACCAAGCGGUAGUCGGCGGGGAAUAUCUGCGCCGUCUCGAGCUGCCUGAAACCGGCGAGACGCUCUCCACUCUACUACGGCUGUGCUACCCGAUGCCCGACCCAGAAGUGAGUGGACCAUCGAUCCACGAGAAGGUGUCGAAGGUGUGCGCUCUGCUGGACGCGGCACUGAAGUACAAGGUCCAGCGUGCCAUCUCGUUUGCGAAGCAGGCGUGCGUACGGGCUGCGGAGGAGGAGCCACUCCGCAUCUACCUCGUCGCGACGAAACACGGCUGGAAGGACGUCGUUAGGCUGGCGGCCAUGUUCGCCGUGUACGGAACGGGUCCGCCGGAGAAGUAUGCGGAGGAGAUGGAAGAGCUGCCGGCAGCACCGUAUCGUCGUCUGCUGGUCUACCGGCAGAGAUGCCGUAACCUCAUACUGUCCUCUCGUGCAUCAUCCCCUAAGGGACCGGGGGCAUCGUAUUGGAGCGACGUCGAGGGAACCCAGUGGACGAACCCUGAGGAGUCCGCAUUAUGGCGAGCCCUCCACAAACAAGCCCUCGAACGGGAAUUAUCGGCGCAGACCGCUGAUUCCGAUCCAGAGGAGGUCGACCCGACCAUCUGUGCAGCCGAUGAUCCUCGCGAUGGUACGACUGCGACUAGGCUCGGUAUCACGUUCGUGAAAUGCACCCACCGAGAUAUCAUGCUUGCAGUCGACGAUUUAAUCAAGAUACCGCUGUGAUCUGAGUAUCUUGUACAUCCACAUAGAUGCUUGCCUCCUUCAAGUUGGAAGCCCGUCCCAGAUGUUCGACUUAUUGGAGCAGGUUCGACUGGUUGCGCUUCCCUGACGAAGCAUUGUUUUGGCAAGCCUUUCAUCAGCAUGUCGUCGACUAUGAGGACUCGAAAUCCACUGAUAGUGAAUCUCUGGAA